AUGUCGUGUCCUCACCGAGGGGCAAAAGGGAAGGCCAAGGGCUGGCACAGACCUCGCUCCCGGUGCGAUGUGACUCGUUCAUUUCGCCUGCCGGUUAAGUCUCGCUUCUCACAAGAGGAGGGGUGGGGUUGGUUUUCGCCACCAGCGCUGCUGUGGGGGGGAAGAAACGGGCUGGAGGAGCAAGACGGGUGGUACCAUGAUAAUCUUACCCGACACGCAGCAGAAGCGCUGCUGCUUUCCAACGGGCAGGAUGGAAGCUAUCUCUUGAGGAAAAGUAAUGAAAGGGAAGAUUUGUACUCCCUCUCUGUAAGGGGAAAAGAUUCUGUGAAACACUUCCACAUUGAAUAUACAGGAACUUCAUUCAAAUUCGGAUUUAAUGAAUUUUCUAGCUUGAAGGAAUUAGUCAUGCAUUUUGCAAACCAGCCUUUAAUUGGAAGUGAAACAGGAACCUUAAUUGUAUUGAAGCAUCCCUACCCACGGGAAGUAGAAGAACCUUCCAUUUACGAGUCUGUCCGAGUUCACACAGCAAUGCAGACGGGAAGGACAGAAAGUGAUCUUGUUCCAAAUGCUCCUUCACUUGGUACAAAAGAAGGAUAUUUGAUAAAACAAGGGAAAAUAGUCAAGAAUUGGAAGACAAGGUGGUUUACACUGCACAGGAAUGAGCUAAAGUAUUUCAAAGACCAAACAGCCACAGAACCAAUUCGGGCCCUUGACUUAACUGAAUGCUCAGCUGUGCAAUUUGACUAUUCCCAGGAGAGGGUCAAUUGUUUCUGCUUAGUGUUCCCACUAAGGACAUACUACUUGUGUGCGAGAACUGGGAUAGAGGCUGACGAGUGGAUUAAAAUACUGCGCUGGAAACUGUCACAAAUACGGAAGCAACUGGAGCAGCGCAGCACCGAUUCCUAG